AUGGCUGGCUUGGAGGUACUGUUCGCGUCGGCAGCGCCGACCAUCACCUGCGCGCAGGACGCGCUCGUCUGCUUUCUGCACUGGGAGGUGGUCACGCACGGCUACUACGGCUUGGGUGCCGGCGACCAGCCAGGUCCCAAUGAUAAGAAAUCAGAGCUGCUGCCAGUGGAAUGGAAUAGUAAUAAAGACCUGUAUGUCCUCCGAUACGAGUCCAAGGAUGGGUCCAGAAAGCUCCUUGUGAAGGCUGUCACCGUGGAGAACAGCAUGAUCAUCAAUGUGCUGGAACAUGGCUCACAGCAAGUGUCAGAUUUGACCCUGAACUUGAAUGAUUAUAUCGAUUCAGAACAUCUGGUUGACUUCCACAGGGUCUACAAGAACAGCGAGGAGCUUCGGUCUCGCAUUGUGUCUGGGAUUAUUACACCUAUUCAUGAGCAGUGGGAAAAGGCCAAUCUAAGUCCCCACCGGGAGUUUCCCCCUGCCACUGCCAGAGAGGUGGACCCACUCCGGAUUCACCCACAACACCCACAUACCAGCCGACAGCCUACCUGGUGUGAUCCCCUGGGCCCGUUUGCUGUCGGGGGAGAGGACCUAGACCCCUUUGGGUGUCGGAGAGGUGGCAUGAUUGUGGAUCCCCUGAGAUCCGGCUUCCCAAGAGCACUUAUUGACCCGUCAUCAGGACUCCCAAACCGGCUUCCUCCAGGCGCUGUGCCCCCAGGAGCACGUUUUGACCCCUUUGGACCCAUUGGGACCAGCCCGUCUGGACCUAACCCAGACCAUCUGCCCCCGCCGGGCUACGAUGACAUGUACCUGUGA